CUCCUUCCUUCAAUCUUUUGCAAAUCCAACAGACACUCCCUAACCAUAAUAAUGGACCGAUAGCGACCACGCGCACCGACCUCCCGGACCCGCUACAGCCACCGAUCAAUGGAUGCGACGCCGUUGUCACGAUUUGAUCCCUCCGACCCCUCCGACCCCUCCUACUCCUUCUCCUACGCAAACACCACUGCAGCCACGACUACCACGACCACUACCGCAGACACCGACAUCAACACCAACACCAUGGGCUCGGUUCGCCGCUGGGCCCGUAGGCUGGAGCGCCUAUGCUGCACCUGCGCAAAGUACUUCCCGCUCGUCUUCGUCUACGGAAUAACCACAUGGGCUGUCUAUGUGCUGGUCAUGCUCUGCUCCAAACCGUCCAAGGUGACGUGGCUUGGCACACCCACUGCCGCCGGCGGCAUCGCCCUCUACCUCCUCCUCAACUGGUGCUACACCACCGCCGUUUUCACCCCCCCAGGCAGCACCACCAACGACAACGGGUACAGCACCCUCCCGACCCACGCCGCUCCGACCGCCACCUCCUUCACAGUCAAGUCCAACGGUGAGCUGCGCUUCUGCAAGAAGUGCCAGGCCCGCAAACCCGACCGUGCACACCACUGCUCCACCUGUCGCCGCUGCGUGCUCAAGAUGGACCACCACUGCCCGUGGCUGGCCACCUGCGUCGGCCUGCGCAACCACAAGUCAUUUCUGCUCUUCCUCAUCUACACCACCCUCUACUGUUUCUACUGCUUCGCCGCGUCGGGCGCCUGGGUGUGGGAGGAGAUUUUUGCUACCAGCGCCACUACCGUCGAGAGUCUGAUGCCCGUGAACUACAUCAUGCUGGCCAUCGUCUCGGGCAUCAUCGGCAUAGUGAUUGGCGCCUUUUCCGGCUGGCACAUCUACCUGGCCUCCAAGGGGCAGACCACAAUCGAGUGCCUCGAGAAGACUCGCUACCUCUCCCCUCUGCGCCAGAGCAUGCACCGAACCUACAUUAACCAGCACACGCCCGGCCAAGGCAUCGCCCUGCCUUCCUACGGCCAACAGUUCCUCGACAUCCACCAGAACGCCCUACCAGGCAUCACCCGCCCGGAAGAAGGGGAGGAGCUGCGCCCGGAGCCGUCUCGCUCCCCACGGCGGCACCACACCCCGGAUACCCCCGACAUCGAGUAUGGCUCCCCAUCCCGGCGGACAGGGACCGAACCCGAUCUGCAGGCCGGCACGCGGCGCUUCACGCCGGACGAGAUGGAGCGCUACCGCGCGCGCAAGCGCUACGAGGAGUACCUGGACGAGCAGGACUCGACGCGCCUGCCCAACGCCUUCGACCUCGGCCCCCGCCGCAACCUGCUGCACCUGUUCGGCCACAACCCGUGGCUAUGGCCCGUGCCCGUUAGCAACACCACCGGCGACGGCUGGAGCUGGGAGCCGAACCCGGCGUGGGUCGGUGCCCGGGAGCGCCUGGCUCGCGAGAGGGAGCAGCAGGCCGAGCGGGAGAGGGUUGCCGGGUGGGGCGCGGGGGAUGAUGGCGAGGAUGAUGACGAGCACGACAAUGAUGGGGAGGGCAACGGCCUGCUUGGGGUGCAGGGAGGGGCAGGGAGGCACUACAUCCCUCGUCGACAACAACACCAACCACCAGCCGGCGGGCGAAACCACCGCCCCUUUCAACACUCCUCCCUCCGCCCCUCCUCCCCCGCAACCACAACGGCCGGCCGCAAAACCCCCAGCAAAGCCGACCGCAUCCUCGGCCGCGACCCGAACCUCUACACCGACGGCGCCAACAACAACAAUCUCGCCAACGGCGGCGAGUCAGUCUCGCUCAGGCGCCUGAACCCCGCCACGGGGCGGACCAUCGAGGACGAGCUGGACGAGAUCGACCGCGCUGACGACGGCGCCGAUGAUGAUGAUGAUUAUAAUGAUAACAAUGAUAAUGGGAAUGGUAAUGCAAACGGGAGGGGGAGGGGCCAGCAGCAACAAGCACAGCAACCACAGCAACCACCACCACAGCAACCCCCACAACAGCAACAACAACGCGCCGAAGCGGAAAGGCGCGCCCUAAACGUCGUGACCAACACCCGCUGGGGGAGUAGGAGUCCUGGGCCGGCGAGUGGCGGUGCGAGUACCCUGUUGAGGGGGCCGGCGUCGCCUGCGUCGCCUGCGAUGUUGGGGAGUGCGAGUGGGAAUGGGAGUGUGGUGGGCGAGGAUGAUGACGGGGUUGAUUGAUUGAUGGAUUGAUCGGUUGGUUGGUCGAUUGAUUGGGUUUGUGGUUUUGGGUUGGGUUGUGGCUGGUGGGAAGCGAAGGAAAGGGAGGUUGUAUUAUUCUUGGUUACUGGAUCCAUGUGAAAUCGGCCGGCCUUUAUCUUUUUUUUGGGUAGGUUUGUUG